AUGGUAGUCGGCAUCCUCCUGGGUGUGCCUGGCAGUGGAUUUCCUCGCAUCCAGCAAUUCUUCAACAACUCAGAAAGCUCUGUGACUGCAGAACCAUGGGCCAGGAAGUAUAAGUGUAGCCUGCCCCAGCCAUGUCCUGAGGAGCACCUGGCCUUCCGCAUGGUUAGCAGGGCUGCCAAUGUCUUUGAACCCAAGAUCUGCCUUGAGGACAGGAUGCUCAUGAGCAGUGUCAAGGACAACGUGUGCAGUGUCAAGGACAACAUGGGCCCUGGGCUGAACAUUGCCCUGGUGAAUGGUGUCAGCCUUGAGUUCAUUGAGACUGGUGCCUCCGACAUGUGGGCUGGAGAUGUGAAUGAUCUGUUGAAGUUCAUUCAGCCACUGCAUGAAGGCACCUUGGUGUUUGUGGCGUCCUGUAACGACCCAGUCACCAAGAUGAAUGAAGAGACCAGGAAGCUUUUCAGUGAGCUGAACAGUAGGAAUGCCAAGGAGACAGCUUUCCACGAAAACUGGGUGUUUGUGGGGGUAUAA